UGAAAUUGUCCCGACAAGAGGAGGCGAGGAGGAGACUUUGGAAAAAGCAGCUCGUCCUGACUCGACCGGACGGAUUAGCAGAGGCAGAAGCGAGUCAACGUUGCUGGCAAUAUUUUGUUGUUUGUCUUAAUUCGCUCCGGAAGACAUUUUUAACAGCGGGGACGGUGUUUUCCCCGCACUUUGGACGGGGGGAUUCGGCUGUUUUUCCCUGCCGGAGCGGACGGAGCGUUAUCGGCUGUUUUUCGCUCCGGGCAGCGCCGAGCGGACUGUCACACCGAUUUCCACACUUUAACACGGAAUAUAACAUCAUGAUAAACGUUUAAACCUGCCACUAAGGCGAUCAAGUGCUGUUUUAGUUAGUGGAAAAUCUCAUUUUGAGUGUAAAUUUGACGUUUACAGCAGCGCGGAGCUCGCCAAGAGAAGUUUGAUUGAAGACCGGAGUGCGCUCGAUUUCCAGCCCGAUGGAGGAUCUCGCCGCUCGGCUGUGGCUCGGCCGUCCGCUCCCCCGGUGUAAUAACAGGUUAACUAAGCACAGAUGAACACAUAUGUGCACCUCGAUGUCAGUGCAACAAUGCUGCAGACCUGGCAAGUACACGGCAGCCCAGGCUUGAAUGCCAACAAGUCGCCCUCCAUUGCGUGUGUGUGAAGCUGGAAAUACCCCGCUGCUUCCUCCUGUGUGCUGGACUAAUAAGGCUUACCUGGCUACUACGGGAUAUUUUGGAUUAAGACAUUAUUUUUUAAUAUUUAAAGAUGCUCUUUUUGCAAAGACAGUGCUCACUGGAGCAGCCGGACAUUUAACACAUUGCAAGGUGUUUUUUUUUUUUUGAUUGGUGAUUUUUUUCCACCCCUGUUCUCGUUAGUAUUAUUGUUAUAAUUAUUACCAUCUUUCUAGUCAAAGGAUCAAAUUCGGAUGGAAAAUGGGAGACGCCACCAAACUGGCCUUCGCCGUUUUCCUCAUCUCCUGCUCUUCAGGUGCCAUCCUGGGACGCUCGGAGACUCAGGAGUGUGUGUACUACAACUCCAGCUGGGAGAAAGAGCGCACCAACCGCAGCGGCAUCGAGCCAUGCUACGGCGACAAGGACAAGCGGCUGCACUGCUUCGCCACGUGGAAGAACGUCUCCGGCACCGUGGAGGUCGUCAAGCAAGGAUGCUGGCUGGACGACGUCAACUGCUACGACAGCAGUGAGUGUGUGGAGAGGAAGGAGAGUCCCGACGUCUUCUUCUGCUGCUGUGAGGGCAACAUGUGCAACGAGAGGUUCCUGUACGCCCCCGACGUCCCGCCGCCGCAGAGCGAGUCGCACCGCCAGUCCACGGCUUACACCACCUCCAACCCGUUUUCCCAGAAGCCCCAGCUCUUUAGCACCCUGCUGUACUCUCUGGUUCCCAUCAUGGGCCUUGCCGCCGUCGUCCUCUUCUCCUUCUGGAUGUGGAGGCACCACAAGCUGGCCUACCCGGCCGCCCUCGUCCCCACACAUGACCCCGGACCGUCGCCCCCGUCCCCCGUCCUGGGACAGAAGCCGCUGCAGCUGAUCGAGGUGAAAGCCAGGGGGCGCUUCGGCUGCGUGUGGAAGGCCCAGCUGCUGAACGAAUACGUGGCUGUGAAGAUCUUCCCCAUCCAGGACAAGCUGUCUUGGCAGAACGAGUACGAGAUCUACAGUGUGAGCGGCAUGAAGCACGAGAACAUCCUGCACUUCAUCGGGGUGGAGAAGAGGAACAACAACAUGGACAUGGAGCUGUGGCUCAUCACCGCCUACCAUGAGAAGGGCUCGCUCACAGACUACCUGAAGGCCAACGUCGUGUCGUGGAACGAGCUGUGCCACAUCGCCCAGACGGCGGCCCGCGGCCUCGCCUACCUGCACGAGGACAUCCCGGGACACAAAGACGGACACAAGCCCUCCAUCGCUCACAGGGACAUUAAGAGCAAGAAUGUCCUGUUGAAGAGUAACCUGACAGCCUGUAUAGCCGAUUUCGGGCUCGCCCUGAAGUUUGAGGCCGGAAAAUCAGCCGGAGACACACAUGGACAGGUGGGCACACGGCGCUACAUGGCCCCGGAGGUGCUGGAGGGCGCCAUCAACUUCCAGCGCGACUCGUUCCUGCGUAUCGACAUGUACGCCCUCGGCCUCGUCCUGUGGGAGCUCGCGUCUCGAUGCACCGCCGCCGACGGCCCGGUGGAUGAGUACAUGCUGCCGUUUGAGGAGGAGGUGGGUCAGCACCCGUCUCUGGAGGACAUGCAGGAGGUCGUCGUCCACAAGAAGCUGCGGCCCUGCCUGCGGGACUGCUGGCAGAAACACGCGGGCCUCGCCAUGCUGUGCGAAACCAUCGAGGACUGCUGGGACCACGAGGCUGAGGCUCGCCUGUCCGCCGGCUGCGUCGAGGAGCGCAUCGGCCAGAUGCAGCGCCAUGCCCCCGUCAUCGGCCCCGAGGAGAUCGUCACCGUCGUCACCAUGGUGACCAACGUGGACCUCCCGCCCAAGGAGUCCAGCCUAUGAUCGCCCAAUCGACCCCGGAUUUGCUCGCCAAACCACAUUGGAUCGACACGUGCGGACGAACAGCCGACCCUGGUUGGUUGGCGUAGUGUUCUUUUCUUUUCUUUUUUUUUCUUUUCUUUGUGUUGUUCUUUUUUCUUUUCUUUUCUUUUUUUUUUAGUGCAGGCCGCUACUCUCGUUCAGGAAAGACCCUGCGCCCACCUCACCACAUUAGUUGCUCUCCACCUCAUUUUGAUAUGUGUGCCUGAGGAUUUUAACAUGACGGUUGCAACUCUUUUCAUCGAGAAAACAAUUCAACAAUUCAGGAUAUUAUUAUUAUUACGACGACAAAACGGCAUCGCCAAGCCAAGCGGCAACGCUGACAUGCUGGGACGACUUACACAACAAAAAAACACUCAGUAAAUAAACAAACAAACAAACAAAAAAACACUUUUACCAUGUAUUGUUUUUAUAUACAUACAUACAAAUACACGAGGACGACAUCCUCUGAUCGGGUUUUCUACGGAGAGAGAAGACGUGGAGAAAUUUGAAUUGACUCUCAGUGCAUUUCAGUGUAAAAAAAACAAAAAAGAAAGAAAAAGAAGAAAAAAGAGACAAGAGCUGCUUGCUCUUGAUACAUUUGCUGUUUUCUCGUGUGCGUUUUUGAAGAAACGACUGACUAUCGUUUUGCCAAUAAGCAACGGCUUCUGAAUGUUUAUAGUGUAAUGCUGCUGUACAUAGUGUAUUAUGGACCCACACAACUUGGUAAUCAAGCUUAUUUUAAAUGGGUGAGGGGGAAAGGGGGAGGGGGUCCAUUUUCAAGCAUUAUAAUGAUAAAAACCAUAAACCUCCUUCAACCAGGUAUACCUCAGUUCAAACGGACGCAAUUUAAAUUAGUCACUCUCCCUGUCCACAGUUCUAGCUCACAGUUUCUAUUGUAAAUCUACCACCGUGGCUAUCCAUGACAUCUGAACAAUCAACUUGUCAGCUCCGACACUCAUGGGUAAUGUAGUACACUCAGCCUCGAUUAUACAUGGCCAUGAACACAGUAAAAACCAGUGUUUCUGCCUUUUUUUCCCUCCCCGGUUCUUAAUCUGACUUUUAGUACUGUUCUGCUCCACCUUGAUUUGUGACUGAAAAAAAAAAAAAAAAAAGAACUCUUAAAAGAAAGAACUUUUACUACUGUUGUUGUUUCAACCUGAUUUUGUUUUAACUUGAUUUUUAUGUUUCUUAUUUUGGCGAUUUACUUUUGAUAAUGGAAAACAAAAGCAUACCCCCAUGAUGAAGUUUAUGUCUUUCAAAGUGAUUUCCUGUUUUGGUUUGCCGUGUCAACUGUCAGCAGAGUAAUUAUGCCUAUCGACGAUGAGCAUAACUUUUGGCCGUAAGAUCUGGAUAUAUAUAUAUAUAUAUAUAAAAUAUGUAUUUAUAUGCUCUGGCUUAGAGCUGGGUACCUUUUUUGCUAUCCCUGUUUUAUAUCAGCAUUGAUUCUAAGUAUCAGUAUUGAUUACAAAGCAUCAAAAGUUAAUCUAACGCUUCAAGACUGUCGGUUUCUUACAGAGGGAAAACAGGUUUUUCAGUCGAGUUGGGAUUUUUUAUUUAGGGAAAUGAAUAAUGUGUGGUCUGACGCUAUUCGGAAAAGAACAACAACAGAUUGACGAAAUACAUAGAAGUAUCCAAGUUGGUUUUAAAAGUGGUAUCAGGUUUGAAGGCGGUAUCGCCACUGACCAAAUUUCCAGUGGUACCCAGCCCUAAUCUAGAUUGUUUAUUACGCUGAGCCAGCUUGCUUUUGAAUUAGGUUGCGCCCAUCUUUCUGGAUUACUAUCAAGAGUUUCAGCUCUCUUUUGAUACGCCUCAGGAAACUUUGCCACCCGCCACCUCCUUACAGCCUCCUCCUCUUCCUCCUCAUCCUCAACCCCCUCUCUCUGACUUGAAGAGUCCCCCUCUCGCUGAUUCUUAACUCCUCUCUCUUUCUGGCCUCGUCUCCACUGGCCAGGGUUUUACCAGCGCUGUGGCCUCCCAUGCUCAAAGCCAGCAUCUCCACUGUCUUCAGAACCAGGCCAAACCUUGGAGGACUAGUUAGUCAUCCACUGUCUUCAAUGCUAGUACAGCCAGGCCACACCUGGUCCAGGGAUAACCUCAGACAACCUUGUUAGCCAGCAUCUCUACUGUCAGAAAAACUAGGCCAAACCUGGUACCCUGACCAUGGUGAACUAGUUACCCAAUAUCCUCGCCAUCUUCUGAACCACACCAAACCUUAGACACUAGUUAGUUAUCCAGUAUCUCCAACUUGGGCCAACUAUAACCUCAGACAGCUAGUUUGCAGGCUAGCAUGUUAGCCAGUGUCUUCACUGUCUUCAGGACCAGAUCUCCAUCGUCUCUGCAGCCAAGCCAAACACAGUCUGACUCUAACCCUCACGGUGUCCCAUAGUGUCCAUUAUCUUUACAUCGUGUUCGAACCUGGUCUAAUCCUGAUCUUGGACAACUGGUUAGUCAGCCGGUGUUUGUACUGUCUUUAGAAGCAGGCAAAACCUGGUGCAGCACUAAUCCUGAACGGCUGGCUAGUUUGCCAUCAUCUCCACAAUCUUAAGAACCAGGCCAAACCUGAUUGAACACUAACCCUGGAUGACAAACAUGUUAGCCAGCACUUGUAAUGUAUCUAGAACCAGUUCUGGCCAGAUUUUACCCUGGGCAACUGGUUCAUUCACUCUGAAGCUCCCUAGUGUCUUCAGAGUGAGUCUAAGCAUGGUCUAAAACUAAUCCUGCAACACUUCUUAGUUUGUCAGCAUCUUCACUGUAUCUAGAACCUGGGAGAACUUUGACAGCACUAACUGCAGAAGACCUGUUUAACUAGCAAACAUCUCCACUGUCUAGAAUCAAGCCUGCCAAACCUGGUCUAACUUUUACUCUGGUUAAGUAGUUUUCCAGUGAUUCGAUUUGGCUUUAGAGCCAGGUACAUGAUUCCCUGUGUGACCCAACCCAAACAGUUAGUGGUGUUCAAUUUAAAAUAACCAACUUAGACAAGAAAAACUGAAAUUGUCACCAGUUUCAGGUAUUUGAAAUCCCUCUGUUUGGCUAGCUGGGCAAUCAACGGAGAAACAAACCAAACCGUGCCACGGCUAAUCUCAGUUAGGCUAGUGGAGACAAGGUAUCUCUCUUCCUCUUUCAUCCUGGUGCCAUUUCUAAGCGUCCAUAACAGUUACUCUUGUAGAUGUCAGGCAAAACGGAUGUAAUUGUCAUUGCUGUGAACACAAUGAUGACAUUUUGAGUCUUUAUUUCCUUUGAGGGACAUUAAACACUGGUGCCGGCAGACCUGCAGUCUCUCCUCAAGCUUUGGGACGGUUUCACAGGUCGCAGUUUAAAAUCAGAUCUACCCAAUCAGAGAUUAAUACCUCUUUGACCACUGUUGAGCUCAGUUGUGAGAUUGGAGAUAAUCAGGUCAUUUAUUAGGUAGUAAUAUCCAUACUAACCUCACUGAAUUGUUUCUCAAAUAGUAUUUACUAUAUGAGAAUUUGGCAAUUUCAUUUCACUACAGUCAAGCCAUAAUGAAUCCUUACCUUAUUUUCAUCAUGAUUUGGUCAUUUUUAUCAGUGUUCACAAACAAUAAUCAGUACUUUAUUCCUAUAAUAUUGUUCAGGUAGUAUCCUGGCAUUUACAGUAUAAUUUUUCUAUCACUACAUCAAUUAAAAUGCAAAGCAAAGCAAAUAUCAAAAUGUUUCAUCAAAGAAAAUAGUGAGAUGGCCCAGUCCAACUACACAGGGAGCCUCUCUGAGUAAAACCUGCCCAGUCUGUGUCCCGGUAAGGCUAAAGCAAAGGAACAAACAAGCCCUGACUUUUUCUCCAUAGUCCACGGUGUCUGGUAAAUCAUAAAAUUCACUCCUCACUUUUACUUCAGUAGCUAACUGGAUUUUUAGAACAAGAAAAGAGCCUCCAAGUGGUUGUUGCUUCCCUGCCAAAGUGGCUGGUAGAAAUGAAUCUAUUAGUCACAGCAACGAAAAAAAAAAGUGCCAGCGUUUGUUUGGUGGAACGUAUUCAGUAUUAAGCUCGGGUUUAACCUGAGGCCUGGGAAACCGACCCAAAUCACAAAUACCAUUCAGGGAUUCAGUACUAUGCUUUUCUCAGUUCUAGCGAGUUAUAUGCAACCAGUGCCGCAAACUACCCUACUCUUCUGUAGGAUCAACUGCAGGAGCAACUUUCAGUACACAUACACAAAUAACUUGUAGCAUUUUUUUUUUCUUAAUCGUGACCUUGCAUAUUGAUAUAUUGUAUUUAUUUUUUAAUUUACAGGCCUGAGGUUAUGGGGAUCAGAGGUCAGAUGCCAACUCAAAGUUGGAUGAGUAGGCAACGAUUUAAGGUUGUUGUUGUUGUUGGGGAGGGACGGGACAGGGGUGUAUUCAGUUUCAAUUCAGGAAAUACUUUCAUGAAUUCAAAAGUUUAAAAAAAAAAAAAGUUAUAAACUGUACCGUGCUUCUUUCUAUUCAAUCUAUGGACAUAUGACCGAGAAUGAAUGUUCUUCAAACUCCUGGAUUCCAGUAUUGUGUGUACUUUGAUGAAUUGAGCCCGGCCCUGUGUAACUUCUAGAGGGCUUUGCGUUUGGCUGGUUUCGUGUGAUUGUGCCCUGUCGCUGUGGAAAAGAGUACAACCGAAGCACUCUGAGCUCCAUUCAUACACCUCUUUUUUAUUUAUAACACUUAAAUCGAGGGCUAUCAUCAUAUAUACCAAUUUUGAUAACCACAGUUGGCAUUUGGUGAAGUUUUUUAAACCUAGACACUGAACCAUGAAUCUGCUCCAUGGGCAUUGAACUGGCCAGAUGACUUUACAGUCCAGCCAAAGGACACAAAAAGAGACUUUCACACUUAUGAAAUCAACGAAAAAAAAAGAUUUUUAUCAUGUUUACUUGACAAUUGAUGAUGGAGCUAAAGGCGACCAUCGUCCCAAGCUGAUUUUAAACCUGAGGAUGUGGUACUGCCUCAGCCAACUGAGCCAUUUUACUCCUGAAACACUAAGAAUUUUUUCUGUGGUUUAAAAUACACAAUGCUGUCAACAAAAAGUACUUUUGUUCCUCAAAUCGUCAAGACAAAUUGUAAUCUUGCAAAAUAGCCAAGAUCAUUUUAGCCAUAAUUGUAGACCAGCGUCAUUGUGACUUGACUACAAUCUAAAUGUUGAAUGAAAACAUUUUCAAUUGAAGUUGUAUGAAUGGGUUUCUUAGUGCGCGGGCUUUACGUUUUUCUACUGUGGCAUCCCAAGCCCAGCACCUCACAUUGCUGUGCAUAUAAACUAUCAGUGAAAACAUUGUGUCCUGUUGCCCCAACUACUUAAGCAGUCUAGGAUCUGUACAGACAUGAGAACAUAAAUACCUGUAUCACUAUAUACUAUAUGAACUGAGUCUUUAUAAGUACGUGUUGAACUUCAGUGUUUCCUCUACAUUCAUGUAUCACUAUUAUCUUCACUAUCUCAGCAGUGAAGCCCUGCCCUGCUGUAAAAAAUGCCCCUGAGCUAAAAUGAGCAACACUGAAAAUAUUUAAAUCCAGAGGGAACCAAGUUAAAGAAGCAUUAUCCUGGUCUGAAGAUGGUUCAACCCUUUGUGAAGGUGUUCCUCAAGGAGCCUCCCUGGGUUCCCUGGCUUUUGUCGUUCGAAUCACCCGUAAAGGUUCCUCUAAGCUCUUUAAGAGUGUACAGUCCAGUUCCAUUUGUCAUAAGCAUCCACGUCAGGUUAUUGAAACUUACAUUCUGGAUUGAUCCCAAGUCAACCCUGGAUUUAUGCAUCAGAAUCUCUUUAGUCUUUUACAAAGAAUUAUAGAGGAAACAUUGAACUCCAAUGACCUCGCAGGCGAAGGCUGUCUUGUUUGCUUGUAUGAAUCAUCUCACAAGAUAGUCGAGUUGCUGAGGCUGAAAUUGUAACACAGAAACACUACGAGCAUUUUUGACCCCACAUUUUUGAAGGCGCUCACGGUUGCAGCGCUGAUCCAGGAUCUGUCAACAGGGCCUCUGGUGGUAAUGCCGCUCACAGGGUUCCCCAGCAUGUGUGGAAAGGUACAGCAGAUUAUUUUGAUCAGGUCUGAGUCAUGAAAGGUUUAAAUUGUGUAAAAAAAAAAAAAAAAAAAAAAGUCAACAAAAAAGAGGAGUUUUAAAAUGAAUUUUCUAUCAUGAUACAUACUUUAUAUAUCUAUAGAUUCGCUGUCAUUUCACAUCAUCAUAUUUGUUGUUCAGCUUUACAGUUUUAUGGGCUACUGGACACACAUUACUCAGCUAGCAUCAGCAUACAUCAUAUUGAAUGCCAUUUAAAUAAAAGCAAAACAAACAAACAAAAAAAAAAACAAUAAAGCAUUACAUUAUCAUGAAAAAAAGUUCAGGAACCUUGGACUCAUAAUCACCUGGAAGACGAAACUGAUUUCUGGUCAGCGCUGUAACUCUGAGAUGCUCGGCUAAUACCAGCCGGCCAUGGUUUUUAUCAGCUGAAGUGAUCCACGUGAUGUAAAUAAAUGUGUUUUUAGAUUGUGAA